CUCUUUAGAAGCGGAGGGGCCGUGACAGUGGCGGCUGAGGUGUGUUGAAUGCAGCCUCCAUUAGACGAAGCCUUCUCUGAGCAGCAUCACAUUAAUGAUCGCUCCACACUGGACAGAAUUAAAAGCUGGAGGAGAGAAGCUGCUCCGCUAAACGCCACAAUUGAUGCUUUAUUCCGCCGUUCUGAACAGUUUAUAGUGAUAAUGCGGGACCUGUUCUGAGCGGCGAUCAUCCACGGGUGGAUCUGGCGCCCGUCAGCGGCUGAGACAUCAUUUACGAUCCGCGGUGAGCCCGACGAGGCGGGACCGCCGACAGGAUGGUGGAGCGGUCGGACCGAGCCCCGCUGCUGGACUGGGAGGAGGUUCCGUGCGCGGAGAAGCCCGGCGGCGCGUCGCCGGCUCCCGCCAAGGAGCGACUGGCGAGCCCCUCCAACAGCCGCGCCAGCCCGGGAUGCUCCGCGCCGGUGUUUGGGUGGAGCAGCGGUCCGGGGGGUCCCGCUCCCUGCAGGUCCGUCUCCGGCUCAGACGGCUGCGGCACCCCGCCCACGACCUCCGGCGCCCCAGCGGGCAGGGAUGAGGGGCUGCAACCCGACGAGGACGGGUGUCUGUCGGACUCGGAACCCGGGGAGCUGUCGCUGGAGGACAGGAUGGUGAAAUGGGAGGAGAAGGACCAGAUUGUGUCGGUUUUUGUGGUCGCGUUCAACACCAGAUCAGGAAACAUGCUGGAGUGGUGUCUGCCCAAAGACAUGGACCUGGAGGGAGUGGAGUUCAAGGCCAUCGCCAGCGGCUCCCACCGAGUCACCACAGACUUUAUAUACUUCCGGAAGGGCCACUACUUCGGCCUGGCCUGCUUUGCCAACAUGGCGGUGGAGAGCACGGUGGAGAGGGGGGCGAGGAUGAAGUCGGUGGGGAUCCUGUCUCCUUCCUACACGCUGCUCUACCGCUACAUGAGCUUCCUGGAGCACCAGGUCAGGCUCCAACUCCAGACCCCAGGCCACUACUCCCCUCUAGAGGCCUUUUAUGAGGACAAGAGAGCACUCCUGCCCCCUAGUGGAGAUGCUGUUGUUACUGCAUGUCCAGCCAUUGCCUGGGGAGCUGCACUCAACCACAGUAUGCACCCUGAGAUGAAGAUCACCCACCCCGCAGGCUGCAUGUCCCAGUUCAUCCGCUUCUUUGGCGAGCAGAUCAUGGUGCUGUGGAAACUGGCUCUCCUCCGCAGACGCAUCCUCAUCUUCUCCCCUCCUCCCGUGGGAGUGGUCUGCUACAGGGUGUACGGCUGCUGUUGCCUGGCGAACAUCUCCAUCCCUGGGGUCAGCACGGCCGUGCCCGAGUUCCGCCCCUUCUUCUACGUUAACGUGGCCGACAUCAGCGCCCUGGAGAACGAGCUCUCCUAUGUAGCAUGUACGACUGAGAAGAUCUUUGAGGAGAAGAAGGAUCUCUAUGACGUGUAUGUAGACAAUCAGAAUGUAAAAACCUACAGAGAAGGCCUGAAGCCUCUGCUCCGCCUCAGCACCGCAGAUCGGGAGAAAUAUCGCAAGCUCACAGAGCAGAGGCAGAUGUUGCUGUACUCCCAGGAGGAGAAUGGAGACUGUGUGUCCAGUGAAGAGGAUCUCUUUAUUCUGUUCUUCCUGGAGCAGAACAACCGAAUUUUCCAGACCCUGAGCGAGGUGGCAGGAAGCCCCGACCCCACCCUGACCCAGGAGAGUGUGAGGGCCAUGGGUCUGGAUCCUCACGGAGACAGGCUCUUCCUGCUCCACCUGCUGGAGAUCUACGGCUACGACACCCUGCUGGUAUCGGAACAACUCUGCUGCAGCUGAGUCAGAGUGGACGGCCCAACAGUUUUUCUGCUUUUCAUCACUGCUGGAUUGAAAAAGGGAGUUGAUCUGCCUCCAGACGACUCCACGUGCUGCACUACUGGCGUCCUGGAGUCUUCAGGACCCUUUGAGCCUCCAGAAACGGUAUAACUGAUUCUGUUGUUCUCCUUCUCAUCACCCAGCUAUGGAGAUAAACUCACAGCGGAGAUGGAUUCCUCAUUUCACAGCAGGAAUAAUUCUUUGAGGAACGAGCAUUUCAUUUGAAGGACAGAAGAGAAGAUGUGUAAGAUGACGUUCUUGGACCAAACGUGUGCUGAUGCUUAAUGUUUGAAAGUGAAAGAGAGGCGGUCGUUAUGUAAAUAAUCUUUUUUUUCUCCUUUUGUGUUUAAUGCUGUUUUGCUAUCCUGGUAUCAAGUGCUGGAUUUCAACAUCCCAUUUUAAGCCUCUAUAUCCAAAUCAGGUCAAACCGCCUUCGUCUUCAAGAUCCAUGUCUGUAACCACUGCUGUUAAAAGUGGAAAAUGACCAGUUGAUGGAUUUGGCUCCUCCAGUCUUUUCAUGUAACGUCAAGAUGAAAGAGUUUUUCUUUAACCUGUGCUGAAACCAAAUCAGUUUUUCUAAUGAUGUCCAACAGGUAAAGGCAGGUAGAGAUGGCUCUGUACACUCUCUCAGCUGGGAUCUCAGAAUUAGCUGUUACACAGUCAGAACAAUGUUUAGUGUUUUUCUCAGAGGUCCAGCUUUUUCAGCUCAUAGACACAAACUUGAUUUUGAACAGCAAUCAUGCGGCCAAGUGCAGAAGAGAUCUUGUUUUAAGCAUAAGGUAUUUUUAACUCCUUCAACAGUAAAACUAGAGGGUAUCUUAAUGUGUUGUUGACAAAGGAAGCGACAUGUGACUCAAUCGCAAGUUUCUUCGCUGUCAGGAAUUUCAACAAGAAACCUAAAUCCACUAUAACCGAAUUUUUUUAAGUAACUAUCAAAUGACAAUGUGAAAACAGGACGCAAUGUGAAAGUAAUCAGCUGUUGUAAUUUAUCAACAUAGAAUUAUCACCUCAAUCAGCUUGUCUGAGCUUUAUAGCAAGUUUCAAUGAAAUGUUUCGCUCCAGCAGUUUUCAGCCAAACCUUUAGAAACCCAGACAGACAGAAUACAAACUGAAGGCUUAAAAAUAGACUGAAUAAAGAACCAGACAAGGUUGUGACCAAACAAAAACUGGGUUUGUGUUAUUGCAAUUUUAAAAGGUCUAUGAAUAAUUUAUAGACCACAAAGGGGCCAACAAGUUGAGAUUGUCAGCUUCACCAGCCGCUACUAAUUUUCUUUAACGGUGGAAACGCAUGAGCAAACAACUGUAUAAUUACCACCAGCGCUCACUAAAAAUAUCAUCGGUGUCACAUCCAUCAAUGUUUUUUUAGCUCUUCACCAGCUCCUGACAAAGGUAGCCUCAUCUUUUACCAGCUAGCCACUAACUCAGUAGGUCUGGAUAUCUUAGUUGAUGAGAGCAGCAAGCGACAUUAGAUGUCCCAUAAACAUAAAACUAGCUUGGAGGCUAAAAGCACCAAAUAAACCAAGUAGCGAUAAUCCUCUCAAAUGUUGACUUUUGAGUCCGAUAUUUAAAAAAUAAGAAAUUUCUCCUUUUUGUGAGACAUCUUAAAUCUCAGCCUGCAUUCAUUCAUUGAUCAGGUUUAUUUGACCAAAUUUGCAGGUCAAUGUUCAGGGGAAAUUCCUCAAGACUAAAGUUUAGUACAUGUACUGUAAAAGAAACAGUUUAAAUUAUGUUUUCUUCUGAAAAGGUUUCCCCUUAUUUCUGAAACAAGAUGGUUUGUUAAGGAGAACAUCCCAAGUCAUUUUCUGUUUGACAGUGACUCUUAUCCAUGUCAUGUUUUCUAUCUUUUUAUUUAGUUUGUUUAUGUUGUUAAGCUGUAAAUGUUUGAGUGUAAAUACUCCACUUGCUGUAAUUAUCUGUGAACAAAUGGGAUCAGUUGAAUGUGUUUUGUAAAACGAUGACGAUCCCACUGAGCCUCUGUGUGUCACUGAACUCCUCACGUGUUCCACUGUAAGAGAAGAACUUAUUCUCAUGCCACGUCACAUGGCGCCUUACACAUCCUGUACAGAGUAAACCAUGUAGUUAAACAAGGGGUCAGUCCAACUCAUGUUAAAACACUUUCACUUUAUUUAUUUUACUGCAAAUCAUUUCAGAAAUAAAGUGCACAGCCACUUGUGAAGGAAA